UGUCUUUGAACUGUCAACGGAGCAUCAUGUGAUGAUAUCAAGCUGAAUAACGGGACGAAAUACCAGCCAGUGGAUAUUAAUUCCACACCACACACACCGAUGACACCUUACCCUUUGUCUGCGAUGAGCUGAGUUUCCAACAGCCAUGUCAAUCUCCUGAGUGAUUGAUGCACAUCAACAAAGCAAUUCCUCCAGAGGCUGCGUUCAAGGGACAAUCUCACUGUUACAAUAUUCAAACCUAAAGAAAUAUCCUUCGCUGAAAGCGGACGGCGCUAGUGGAACCGUGCAUUAGACUCUAUUCCUAAACGGGCGUCCCACUCCCGGGGAUGGAGCCGCCUAACAGCCCGGCGCAGAGUCCCGUGUCAGAGUUAACUGUGGACAAUGUAGAGUCGGCCCUCCAUCAGCUGUACUAUGACCCAGACAUGGAGCACAAGAACAUGGCCCAGAAGUGGCUGACUCAGGCCCAGGCUUCUCCCCAGGCCUGGCACUUCUGUUGGGCUCUGCUCAGCCCUGACAAGCUCCCAGAGAUACAGUUCUUUGGUGCCUGCACCCUGCACACUAACAUCUCCCGCCGCUGGGGCGACCUCCCCGUGGAGCAGCACCAGAGCCUGAGGAUGCAGCUCCUCUCCCACAUCUCCCAUUUCUCCUCGGGGCCCAAGAUGGUGCUCACCAGGCUGUGUGUAGCCCUGGCCUCGAUGGCCCUCCACACCAUGCCCCAGACCUGGCCCCAAGCUGUGGCAGAUAUGGUGAGGGUCUUCCAGCCAGAGGAGCCAGGAAGCGGUGAGGGUGAUGCAGGGACAGAGGGGGGGGACCCUCAUGCCCACUGUCUGGCCCUGCUGGAGCUCCUCACAGUGCUGCCUGAGGAGUUCCAGAGCUCCCGGCUCCCUCAGGCUCGCAGGGCCCAGCUGAGGGAGGCCAUGGCUGGGGAGUGGGCCGUGGUGUGCCCCCUGCUUCGUCGGCUGCUCCAGAGGCAGGACACCCCGGGGGAGGUGAAGGAACGGGUGCUGCGCUGCCUGUCCAGCUGGGUGGGGCUGGAUGUACCGCUGGGGGAAAGUGAGGGGCUUGUCCAGGAUUGCUUUGUCGCGUUGUCAGACCCGGAGCUCUUUGACUCAGCUGUGGAGACCAUCGUCAGUGCUAUCUCACAGCCUGACUGCCAGAGGUACACAGACUCUCUGGUGAACCUGAUGCCUCUGGUUCUGGGGCUUCAUGACCAGCUCAAGGCCGCAGCGCAGGACGGGGACAUGGAGACGUCCCACGGAAUCUGCCGCAUAGCUGUCGCUCUCGGGGAGACACACUCCAGGACACUGUUGGAGCAGGUGGAGCAUUGGCAAGGAUACCUGGCUUUGGUCAACAUGAUCCUGUUCUGUACUGGCAUCCCUGGACAUUACCCUGUCAGUGAGACCACCAGCUCCCUCACACUCACCUUCUGGUACACUCUGCAGGAUGAUAUCCUUUCAUUUGAGGAGGAGAAGCAGGCAGUGUAUCUGCAGGUCUAUAGACCGGUCUACUUCCAGUUGGUGGAUGUGCUACUGCACAAGGCCCACUUCCCCUCGGAAGAAGAGUACAGUUCCUGGUCCUCUGACGACAAGGAACAGUUCAGGAUCUACAGAGUUGACAUUUCCGACACUCUGAUGUAUGUGUACGAAAUGCUGGGCGCGGAGCUUCUCAGUAACCUCUACGAUAGGCUGGGCAGACUGUUGAUGGACACUGAGAGACCCGCAAGCUGGCAGGACACUGAGGCGCUGCUGUUUGGCUUCCAGUCCAUAGCAGAGACCAUUGACGUCAACUACUCUGACGUUAUCCCAGGCCUCGUUGCCCUUAUCCCUCGGAUCAGCAUCAGCAACAUCCAGCUGGCUGACACGGUCAUGUACACCAUAGGCUCCCUGGCUGAAUGGCUAGCAGACCACCCUGUGAUGUUGGGCAAUGUAUUACCCAUGGUGCUCCAGGGCUUGGUGAAGGCGGAGCUUUCUGUGUCCAGCGUGUCCACUCUGAAGAGGAUCUGCAGGGAGUGUCGCCACGACCUUGGACCCUAUGCUCAAGACAUCCUUGCGGUGUCGCAGGAUGUGCUGAUCAAGGAAAUCCACAAGAGCAGCCAGUGCAUGUGGCUCAUGCAGGCCCUGGGCUUCCUCCUGUCUGCCCUCCCCGUGGAGAAGAUCCUGGGCAGCCUGCACUCCCUCAUCAGUCCUCACAUCCAGAGGCUGGACGCUGUGUCCCACCAGGAGCCCAGCCCUGCUAACAAGCUGUCAAUCAUACACAUCCUGGAAAUGCUCUCCAGUCUGUUCACCACGCUAGAUGUCAACAGACAGGGCGGAGACUCAGAGGGCGCAUCCCAGGCCACACCCACUGCUACCCAGGCGAGCCCCAACCCUGUGGUGGUGGUGCUACAGGAAGUGUUCUCUCUGAUCCAGACCAUACUGAGCAAGUGGCUCAGCGACCCUGAGGUGGUGGAGGCCGUGUGUGGGGUGUUUGAGAAGUCUGUGCGGACCCUCCUCCAUGGCUUUGCUCCCAUGGUGGCCCAGCUGAGCGAGAUGCUGGGCCAGAUCUACAGCGCCUUCCCACAAGCCUCUGCUCUUGACCUCACACGGCAGAUGGUACACAUAUUUGCAGGAGAGAAGGGCCAUUUCCUUCCUAUCCAAGGGCUUAUUGAACUGGUCACAUCAACUACACUCUCCAUUUUCCAACAAGGUCCCAGGGAUCAUCCAGAUAUUGCCGAGUCAUUUAUGCAACUCCACGCACAGGUACUCAAAAGGAAACCGGAUGUGUACCUGUCCAGCCAUCUUGAUGUCAAAGCGCUAUUCUACUGUGGAGUCCUGUCCCUCAAGUUCCCAGAGACGCCCACAGUGAAGUCAGCCGCCAUGUUCUUUACAGAGCUGGUGCCACACUGUGGAGACAUUCCCCCAGUGGGACAGGUGCUACAGAGAGAUGGGAAACUUCUUAUCCUGUCCAUCCUUGAGGCUGUUGGAGGCCAGUCCCCGCGCAGCCUGACGGAGCACUUCUCAGAGGUGCUGUUCUGUCUGAACAGAUACUGCCCUGCUCUGUUGGCCCAGUGGCUGAAGGACGGACUACAAACCCCAGGUUUCCCCUCUGCCCAGGUGUCCAUGGAGCAGAAAGAGGCUUUUAGUGAGCACCUCCUCAGGGAACAGAGCGACAAGAGACGUGUGAAGGAGAUAUUGAAAGAGUUUUCACUGCAGUGUCGAGGCCUGCCUGGAACUGGAUACACUUUGGAAUAUUAGCCUUCUUGCUCAUCAGACAAGACUGGACCUUUGUACACACACCCUCCCCGGGCUACGCACAUAAGUGAAGAAGAG